CCUCUUCUCUGUUUUGAUUGGACAAACCAUGCGCAGAUUCUUUUCUCUGAUUGGUCAGUGCGUGCGUCAUAUGCGGUAGUAAAUUCAUGUAGCAAUGGCAGCAAUGGAGAUAGAAAAGCGGCGUGGGAGAAACGCUGCCCUGUCCAUCGCCGCUGUGGUCAUCCUUCUUGGCUUGCCGUUGUGGUGGAAGACAACAGAAACAUACCGCGCCUGGCUCCCAUACUCCCAGAUCUCUGAGCUCGACUCCUUACAGCUCCAGUUAAGUGUCGAGGUCGAGGUGGUGUUUUCUCGAGGAACCCUGAGCCCCGAGCAGCAGAAGAAGGUCCCGCUCAGUCAGACCAGAGAGCAGGAGCACCAAGUAGAUGCUAAGAAUGGGCUGCGGUACAAGUAUGAAACCAAGUAUCGCACGGCUACGAUCAUGGAAGAAGACGCUUUAAAUCAGCCCACAGCUCAAGAGGCGGAUCAUUCUCUGCACAUGCUCAGUGAGAGUGCGUGUGGCUCUGUCGUGGUGUACGUCAUCCCCGAGUCCUCCACCUUGCUACCAGAUGAUGUGAAAGUAUAUGUGGGUCAGUGGCGCACUGCCCUGCUGCGUGCCACUCCGCUUCCACCUGCUGGGAGUCUGAAGGAGGUGCUGUCCGCUCUGGAGCCUCAGGUCAAGCAGGUGAUCGACACCAUGUCCUUCAGCCACCAGGAAAUCAUGGGUGCUCUGAGCGACCGCAUCCGCAUCAGCCAGGUCAGCAAGGAGAGCCUGGUCGACAGCAUGAGGGCCAUCAAGUCCAGUCCAGGUUAUGAAAUCACGUUCAGCCUCUUGAACCCUGACCCAAAAUCCCAUAACCUGCACUGGGACAUCGAGGGAGCUGUUCAUAGCUACAUCCAGCCUCUUCUGAACAAACUGAGCCCGAUAGCGAACUUCUCUGUGGACUCACAGAUCCUGUACUACGCAGUGUUGGGGGUCAACCCUCGUUUUGACAGCACCGUAUCAGCGUACACUCUCAACGCAGCCAGCUUGUCACACGUCAUCAAUCCUGUGGAGGCCAGACUAGGCUCCAAUGCUGCGUCUUCAUACCCGGUGCUGAACUUCCUGCUGUAUGUUCCCGAUGCCCAUCACUCUCCACUCUUCAUCAGAGAUCACAGAAAGAAGGAAGUGCCUUCAAACGCCUUCCACAGCCCCCGCUGGGGUGGGAUAAUGGUGUACAAUGUGAAUGACAUGUACGGACCUGAGGUGGAAUUUCCUGUCGAUAUCACCAUCAACAUGGCCAAAGUGAUGGGUGUCUUCUUGGCACAGUUAAGGCUGUUAUUGGGAGUACAGAAGACACAACCUCCUCCCGGUUUCUUUCUGCAGAGCCCGGGCAGUGCGGGAUUGGCCGACUGGGAGCUGGACCGGCUGCUGUGGAGUCGCAGUGUAGAGAAUGUGGCUACUGCUACGACCACCAUCACCUCGCUCGCUCAGCUCCUCGACCAGAUCAGCAACAUCGUUAUUAACGACAACAUCGCCCAGCAGGUGUCCAGUGCGGUGACGUCUCUCCAGGCUGCCAUGGCUGAGCUGGAGGCCGGGAACUUGGCCUUCGCCCUGCAGUACAGUCGGGAGGCCAUCCUGGCUUCAGAGAGAGCGUUUUUCGACCCCUCUCUUUUGCAUCUUUUAUACUUUCCUGACGACCAGAAGUUUGCCAUUUACAUCCCUCUCUUCUUGCCCAUGUGUGUGCCCAUUGUGCUCUCGCUGCUAAAGAUCAUCAGUGAGAUUAGACAGAAGCGUGCUGACAAGCUGGCCAAAAAGGACUGAGAGCCCGCAAAUACACACACAAUUUGUUGGUGCCUGUAAAUGUUUCUAUGCACUGAUUUUUCAUUACACUGUAAGUUGUUACUAAAGACAGUCUGUUGUGUGGAUGUUUACAGUACUAUACAAGGACUGUGUUUUCAGUUUAAAGGCUGGAAAGCAUCACUACUUUCAAAUUCCUUUAGUUCAGAAGGUGACUCAGAACCAAAACUAAACUAUGCGUUUUCAGGUAUUUUUUUCAUCUACCGAGGAGAGGAGUGUCAGUCACGUCAGUGUUCAUGUGGCCCAUUCAUACAUUUAAAAAAUUUAUGUUGAUGUUACAUUGAAUACAGGAGCAGAAGAACAUGUGGGUGUCUGUCAGAAUCAAUGACCUUGUUUACUAGCUACUUCCUCUUCCAAAAACCAGAGUUGUCAGGGUUCAGCACAAUUUACAGCCCAGCUACAUCUCAAAGUCUUCGCAAGGAAACCAGUUCACCGUGGUGUGCACCAAUGAUCUGAUUCACAGUAUCUGCAAUAAGCUUUUUUAUCAUUGCUUAGUAUGAACAUUAUCCACUUCAUAAUCCUCCUUUCCAUCUCCUAAUCUUUGCAAUAUAUCUUGAAACAAAUGAUUCUGUAUUUCGUAGAUACACUCCCUGUACUUACACGUUUCCUUUGUUUACUGUAGCCUAUGGUUGCGGAAAGUGAUUAGUUUUCAACAAAAACAAAAAACACCACCACCCAUGGACUUGCUUUUUCCACCUGUAACCUUGUUCCAAAGCUAGCCCAGUUUGGCGUAAAACUGCGACCCUGGUGACCUUUCCCAAAACAGAAAUCUGCAGUUAAAUUUCUAUGCCUCUGAUUAAAAGCAGUGAUGGAUGAAUGUAGCUGUAUUCGUAAAUUCAUCUAUCAGAGACAGUGUGUAAUGUGUGUUUUGUCAGAAUUAUGUUCAGACUCAGCAUUAGAGUGUCCACUUUUGUCCACAUUGUUGGAUUUAUUUUAGAUUCACAUGCAAUGGGAUAAUAUGCCAGGACAUUGACAAACCACAACAAGGUCUCACUAAAUAGUGUUGAAAAAGAAAUCUGUGUGAUUGUGUGUUUUGGGGCAUUUUAACGUGCAAAGGAUUUAUGCGUCUGGAUUUAAGUCUAUAUCUGAGAUUGUCGAAUACUUGUCCGAAGGGAAAAUAGUGACCACUGUACAGUGUAGCCAGAAUGCCCUGUAUAUGGCAAGCUGAUAUGGUGUUGGUAUGUGGUAUGAGUUCUCUUGGUUAUUAGUCUUAUUUGCUCUAAAAAAAUCCUAAUGUCAGGACAAAAGCCAGUUCUAAGGAAAUUGUUAAACUGUCCUGUAAGUUUUAUCUCGAGCUACAUUGUCCAAACAGCUGGGACAAAUUUAAUAUUUAAAACAUUUUAAGUUUGUACUAUGAAACUUAUAUUUUUUUUUUGGGCAGGGCGUGAUAACAUAAAAUCUCUGUUUUUAAAAUAACUUAUUGUCUUUAUAUGUGAUUUAAAUUAAAUUUGUUUUAUUAGAAAAGGCAUCUUACACUUUAUAUGUAGAAAAAAGGCUGUAAACUAACCUCUGUAGUCUAUAAGCUGAAUAUCAGAUUGAUGAUUCCAGAUGCGAGAUUCUGUGAAUUGUGUUUUUUUUCUUUGUAAUUGUGAUAUGACUUGAUUUACAAUAUUAUAUAUUAAUUUCUUUUAUUUUUCUGUUGAGUUUUCCCAGCAGAACACAAGGCCUGUGAAAAUUGUACUUGAAUCUUUGACAUUUGAAGUCUUAUAGACAUGCUUAUUGUUAUGUGAAAGUAAAAUAUGAAUUUAUUACUA